AUGUGUGUGCAUAAACACAAUAAUGCUGCUCGUUUUUUGCGCUUGUUAAGCUGGUUGUUUCAGGUAGAAGAUUCUAAUUCCAACGAAAAAGACGAGCAAAACUCUGUGUUCGACGUUUUGCGAAACAGUGCCCAUCAAAUAAUCAGGAUGCUUCCUGGUGGCCUUGAUGUGGUAGGACUUUUCACCGAAGGUACCAAAGCUCAGCUAAAAGAUGAACGUAUUCCCAUAGCACGGGUUUUGAAGUACAUUGCCAAAACGUCAUUGAUUUUGAACAAUUGUGGGAGAAGUGACUCAGCACCCCCUGCAAGUUAUCCUAUGCUUUUUAUGCGCUUGGAACCAUAUUCAACGAAGCCGGACAUUCAGACAUUUCGUCCUCUUAGUCCAUCGCUGCUCCCCUCCUCAGUAACCUACACGUUGCAGAAGCUGCGAUGGGUGUGCUGUGAGAGUCGUUUGAGUUUUGAUGAGUCAUUGAUCAUUCCACAGGCCCUUGAAGACAACAACUUUCACAAACAGUUCAUCGGAUCCAUGCGCGACUUCUAUGUUCGUUUGGAUGCUGCUGAAGCUCUUAUUGAUGGCCGCUUCCUCGAAGGUCACGAGGUGAUUUCGAUAAAACGCAAAAACGAUCCGGAUUCUGAUUCGGAGAUGGUCGAGAAACAUAUUUUUCAACUACUCUUCCCCGAGAAGGUUAUCAGCUCUUCGAAGCAAAUCGAAGAAGAGGCAGUUGCUGGAAUCAUGAGUUCUGCUGCUACGGCAUUAACUGCAUUAAAGACGGACAUCCGGCGGAGCAUCUAUGUGCGAAGCGAGCUGCAUUACGAAGGCAUGCUUGUUAUGGAGGAAGAAACCGAGACUAUGACUUUGCACCAGUUUCCUCGCAGAGCUUUUGCUCCUCUGAGAAGUGGAAGGGUGCCCACCGUCUGCGACUAUCUCUUCGAAGGAGAUGAUGGAAGCGAAAUAGUACUUGCUAUGAAGGACCUUCUCAGUGUCACUGUCAGUAAAGAGAAAGUGGAGAGUGACCUCGAAACCACAGUUGCCAGGGUACAGUCAGAAUCGAAGCAGCUGAUUUUGCCUGUUGCCUACUUGUUAUGUGCUGUAAUUUUUGGCAUGUUCUCUUUGGUUUAUUACUUUUGGCUGCGAAAGCACUGA